AUGUCGCGCUACCUCCGUCCGGCGGCUCGAUUAGCUGCCUCUACCCGCACCACGAUAGCCCCCCGAGCUCUUCCCCAGUUCGCACCUGCUACUCUCGCCGUCUCUCAACGAAGAACAUUCGCCGAUGUAAAGGGAACUAAGGAAUACACAGUCCGUGAUGCCCUCAACGAAGCCAUGGCUGAGGAGUUGGAGGCAAACUCUAAGGUCUUCAUUCUCGGUGAAGAGGUCGCUCAAUACAACGGCGCGUACAAGGUUACAAAAGGUCUACUAGAUCGUUUUGGCGACAAGAGAGUUAUCGACACACCGAUUACGGAAAGUGGUUUCUGUGGUUUAGCCGUUGGUUCUGCAUUAAGUGGUUUGGCUCCUAUUUGCGAAUUCAUGACGUUCAACUUCGCCAUGCAGGCCAUCGACCAAAUUGUUAACAGUGCGGCGAAGACGCUCUACAUGUCCGGUGGUAUCCAGCCUUGCAACAUCACAUUCCGUGGCCCUAACGGUUUCGCCGCCGGUGUCGGUGCCCAGCACUCGCAGGACUACAGUGCCUGGUAUGGUUCGAUUCCUGGAUUGAAGGUCGUUUCUCCCUGGUCCGCCGAGGACGCUAAGGGACUAUUGAAAGCUGCUAUCCGUGACCCCAACCCCGUUGUUGUCCUCGAGAACGAGCUUAUGUAUGGUGUAUCUUUCCCCAUGUCCGAAGCGGCACAGAAGGAUGACUUCGUUAUCCCAUUCGGUAAGGCCAAGAUCGAGCGCCAAGGCAAGGAUCUCACUAUGGUCUCGCUCUCGCGUACCGUUGGUCAAUGCAUGGUUGCAGCCGAGGCCCUGAAGAAGAAGUAUGGCGUAGAUGUCGAGGUUAUCAACCUACGAUCAGUCAAGCCAUUGGAUGUGGAGACUAUCGUCAAGUCGGUCAAGAAGACGCACCGCUUGAUUUCCGUGGAAUCGGGAUUCCCCUUCGCUGGUAUGGGUUCGGAGAUCCUUGCUGUAACUAUGGAGUAUGCUUUCGACUACUUGGAUGCCCCGGCGCAAAGAAUUACUGGUGCGGAAGUUCCCACGCCCUACGCCCAGGGUCUAGAGCAGAUGAGCUUCCCUACCGAAGGACUUAUUGAGAACUUCGCCGCAAAGGUGCUACGUGUAUAA